AGGGCAACCACGUGCCUCUGACUCGUCUCGGAGGGAUGGCGUGCAGACGCCCCGGCCGCAGUGUGGACAGCACAGCCUCUCGGAGCAGCUCUGUACGCGGGGCGGGGCGGGGGCAGGCAGCUGUGUCCGGUGAACCCAGAGCCCCUGCCUGCCUCCCCAGCCCAACCCCGGCGCCUGGCCCCCCACGUCCCACCCUGCCCUGAGGGCGGCACGCCCUGCGGCCCUGGCCCAGCUCUCCUCCCAGCCGCUGGCGUUGGCACCCCCUCCGGGGAGACACCAGGGAGGCCUGCUGGGAAAGGAGAGGACUGCAGGGAGAAGGGAGGUGGGCGGGAGGCAAAGACAAAGCAAGGGGUGCGGCACGUGGCCGGCGCCCAAGGGAGGAGUGACCUCAGCGCUGGAACGGCGGCUCAGUGUCGGAGCAGGCGGGCGGCCAGGCUCCAGCACUGAGGGCCUUUCUCUCCCUCUCCCUCGCGUCCCAUCUGCCGCUCGCUCUCCGGCGGCCGCGGUGGAGGACCUGGGGCCUCAUUGGCCGGCCGGGUGCCGUCAGCGGCAUAAAUUGGAGUUCUGGGCUCUUGCUGGGACCUUCGGCUGCCCGCAGCCCGGCCACCGGCCCUCCCGUCGCUCCUGCUGGGUGAUGGGAACCCCGAGUCCGGCUGCCUCCCGGGGAGGAGCCCUCUGGGUCCUCCUCCUGGCCACACUUGGCCGCGCGGCCGGCCAGCCGCUGGGAGAGUCCAUGUGCACAGCCCAGCCCCUGGCCAAGUACAGCAUCACCUUCGUGGGCAAGUGGAGCCAGGCGUCCUUCCCCAAGCAGUACCCGCUGUUCCGCCCGCCCGCACAGUGGUCAUCCCUGCUGGGGGCGGCUCACAGCUCCGACUACAGCCUGUGGAGGAAGGACCAGUACGUCAGCAACGGGCUGCGGGAGUUCGCGGAGCGCGGCGAGGCCUGGGCACUGAUGCGGGAGAUGGAGGCGGCCGGGGAGAAGCUGCAGAGCGUGCACGGCGUGUUCUCGGCCCCCGCCGUGCCCAGCGGCACAGGGCAGACGUCCGCAGAGCUCGAGGCCCACUCCAGGCACUCGCUGGUGUCCUUCGUGGUCCGCAUCGUGCCCAGCCCCGACUGGUUCGUGGGCGUCGACAGCCUGGACCUGUGUGACGGCGGCCGCUGGAGGGAGCAGGUGGCCGUGGACCUCCACCCCUACGACGCCGGCACCGACAGCGGCUUCACCUUCUCGUCCCCCAACUUCGCGACGGUCCCGCAGGACACGGUGACCGAGAUCACGGCCUCCUCUCCCAGCCACCCCGCCAACUCCUUCUACUACCCACGGCUGAAGUCCCUGCCUCCCAUCGCCCGCGUGACCCUGGUGCGGCUCCGGCAGAGCCCCAGGGCCUUCAUCCCGCCCGCCCCAGGCCUGGGGGGCGGGGGCAACGAGAUCCUGGACAGUCUCCCAGGCCCGCCCCUCACCGCCCUGCUCGCGCCCCCAGACCCAGAGACACCGCUGGAUUGCGAGGUGUCACUGUGGUCAUCCUGGGGGCUGUGCGCGGGCCCGUGCGGGCCACCGGGCACCAAGAGCAGGACACGCUACAUCCGCGUGCAGCCCGCCAACCACGGGGCGCCCUGCCCGCCGCUGGAGGAGGAGGCCGCGUGCAUCCCCGACAACUGCGUCUGAUGCCGGCGCCCGGGGCCUCCUCGUCCCCGAGCCCGCCGCCGGGACCUCUGCGCACAGACUGGCCCGGCCCGGCGCAGCUGCUGGAGAGCCACACGCCGGCCGUGAAAUACCUCAGACCUGGUCGCCGGGCAGCCGCCCGGGGCCGCCGGGUCACUGGCGCGAGACCCACACCUGCGUGGCGCUCCCAUCCCAGCUCUUGAAUAAAGACCAGCGUUUCCAUCA